GUACCAUACCCCCACAAAUUUCCAACUAGCUAGCCAGUCAUAAACCAAACCAACCAAACAACCCUACAAGUACGAUGCUAAACGACAAGAGCAAAAACGAUUCUGCUGGAGGUGAUUACAUCUUGCUGACCACCGCGGAGCCCGAGACACCAGCGGACGAAGCAUCCAGCAACCAACCCCGAGGUGCGGGCGAAAACCCCAACUCGGUCCCAGUUGUUUCUGUAGCAGUGCCGGCCGACAAGCAAGACAACGCGGAUGCCAACAACGAUGUUCUGACUCAUGAGGUUUCCGAGUUUUCCAUGGCAAGCCGUGGUCAGGUGAACGGAGCCGCUGCGAUCUUUGGUUUCACGGGGCUGAUCCUAGGUGGCCCGAUCCUCGGACUAGUUGCAGCCUCCGGAUCAGCCCAUUUGGCGGCGAAUAAGAGUGGUGACAUUGCCAAUUUCACGAGACGCUGUGGAUCGUAUCUGGAGGACUACAACAGGGCAAAUACUCCUAUUGUGAAGGAGGGAAGUGCCAAGGUAACAACUCUUCCGGAAGAAAUGGUUGUCAAGAAACCGAAAGGAUUUUGGGACAAAGUUACCGAUCGAUUGAUCAAGAUGGCUGAAUGGACGGAAGGAAAGAUGGGAUGCCGUGACUAGCUAGCUGGCAGCCAGCUAGUGGCUGGCACUGAAGUUGUCAGAACAGUAGACGAUGAUGGAUGCAACCAGGGUACGAUGCGGUGCCGGUACCACCGCACGGAGAGGAUGAAAAAGAUACAGAAGGAUUCAUUAUUCAAUCUCCAUAGCCAGUAGGUUAGAGCAAAAGUUCCCUCUAAAGGACAGAUUAGGUAGAUGGUAGAUGGUAGAUAUGAACCCUUAUUAGCGGUACCGGUAUCAUUAGCUGCCAUGCGAGAUCUGCUCAAGCGCUCGAGCUCGGUUUUGUGGUGUGGUGAGUU